AUGAUUUUGAGUGCCGUGCUGCCUGUGAUUUUGCUUUUGCCCUUGGCUUACGGCUACAACUACUGCAACAACAGGACCCACAGGUGCAUCCUGGAGAAUAACGUGCACUUCAUGUGCAAACUGGACAAGAUUCCCUCGCUGGGUGGUACGCGGUACUAUGCCGUUGCGCCGGAUACCCCGAACCUGCGGUCGGAGAUUCUGCAGACCAUAAACCGUUUUCGCAACCAGUUUGCGGGCGGCGGAUUCAGGACGAAGGAGAACAUGACUUUCGCGCCGGCCAGACGGAUGCGCCAAGUCUUGUGGGACAGCGAGCUGGCGUACAUGGCCCGCGCCCACGCCUCCACCGUGUCCUUCAAGCACACCCUGUGCCGCUCCACCCUGCGGUUCCCUGAGGUGGGCGAGUGCCUGUCCAUGAUGGUGCCCAAGUACAAGCACACUCUUCGCGAGGCAUUGCACAAGUUGUUCAAACUUAUGUUCGACGAGCAUCUGAACAUUAAGGAUCCAGAUGCUCUUCUCGAGGGCUUCCAUCCCAUCAGGGAUUACAUCUGCGCACACUUCACCAUCUUCAUCAGCGAUCGGGUAUCGCGCGUGGGAUGUGGCGUUGCCGUGGGAACCAACUGUCGCCAAGGGUCCACCUCCAACUUCUGCUUCUUCCUGACCUGCCACUUCGACUUCGACAACGUGAACGGAUCGUAUGUCUAUAAGGCAGGUAAGCCUGUCUCCUCCUGCAAGGAUUGGGGCACAGGCAGGUCCAAGGAGUUCGCGCAUCUGUGCAGUAAUAAUGGUAACCUUUUUCCCGCUGAUCAUUAAUGGGGCCUAGAGGAAUUUGAGUUUUUGUUCUGGCUAGUAACUGACUGCUUUCCAUUCCACACCGUAUAAAUUCGAAGUAAAGAUG